ACAGUCCAAAUUCUUUGUGUAUUAUUUUAGAUUAACAUUUUGGUCGGUUUAUGUGAUUUUAUGUACCACGGUGCGCGGCACAGACAAGAAGAAGAGUCAUCAAACAGCUGUAAUUUAAUUAUCAGCUGUUUUCCAUUGUUGUAUUUUGUGAAGCUAUCAUACAAUUUCGUUAAUGGUAUGAAUAACAGCAACAUCGUGUAAUUACCAUUACGGCCAGGACAGUAAAUACGGGCGGUCUUUAUUCAAUAAGAUAAAUAAAAACUGUCAUGGAUCUGCAACAAAAAAGUUUUCGAAAACACAUUUGCUAGUGAAUACCAAAAUACGAAAAACAAAAAGAAGAAGCACAUACUCUGGCCAACGAGUACGAAACGACGUGUGAAGAGAAAUCAGAAAAACCGAAACACACACAAGCGUAAACGUGCUCACCGACAAGCCCGCAUAUUCACACAGUCACACACACACAUACACAUAUAUGCAGACGCACACAGCGCCAAAGAAGUGUGUACAGGCAAAGCGCCGAGCGCAAUCUAUUUUAUUCACAUUUUCCACACACAAAAGUACCAGCAGAGCAGCAGCGAAAAAUUAACAAUUGCGUCGUACAACAGGCCACAAGGAACGAAUAAAAAGCUAAAGAAAUUUUUUGUCUUUUAAGAGUGAGCAUCAAAAACCAAUUCAGAGUAUUGUGCAAAACAAAAUCGAAUGACUAGCAAUAUUUGCUUGUCAAAAUAGUCCAGAACAGACUGGCAACAGCAAGAACAAAAUCUGUACCAGCAGCCCCCGAACAGUAGAAGGAAGAAGAGAGCAUUGUGUGUGUAUGUGUGUGUGUGAGCCGACCCACCAGCUGAGAUUUCCGUAAUAACAGCAACAGUAGCGCUUUAUAAUGAGCAUGGUACGACGUAUCAUAUUGCUGGCUCCAAAAUAUAAAAUUUGGACAAAAGGAUCCAGCCAUGUUCAGCAUACCCCGAAAUGCAUAAUACUAAGCACCGGUAAUGGAAGGCGACAAUUUCAUUUGGCCACUCAGCAAUGCGCUGCCAAUGGGCAGCUGCUGUUGGAGCCCAUUGUGGUCAUACCCGCCUACAUUGACAUAACUAAUGGAGUGAGAUCGGAUGCCGGCAGCAGCAGCAGCAACAGCAACGGAGGCAAAGAAACCGGAAAGAAUAGCGAAUUAAGUGGCGCAAGUGGCGCAUCCAAAAUACCUGGGGGCGGUAGCAGCGGGUCGAACGUGGGUGGUGGUGGUAGUGGAGGGAGUGGCGGUUCGAGCACAACUGGCGGCAGUGGCGAUAAAUUUUUAUCCUGUCCAAAAUGCGGGAGCGCAUGCACACAAGUGGAAACGUUUGUUAGCUCGACGCGCUUUGUGAAGUGCGCCAAGUGCAACUAUUUCUUUGUGGUGCUCUCCGAUGUGGAAACCAAGCAGCGCGUCAAGGAGGAGCCAAAGAAUCAGCGCAAGCCACCGCCACCACCUCAAAAGAUCAUGGAAUAUCUCGAUAAGCAUGUGGUGGGCCAAGACUUUGCCAAGAAAGUUCUUGCGGUGGCUGUUUACAAUCAUUAUAAGCGCAUCCAUCACAAUUUGCCCCAGCUGCAGCAGCAGCCAAGUGCCGGUUCCGGCGCCGGUGGUGGACUGGACGGCAUACCACGUACGGAUCUACUACACAUCACUGGAAUUGGUCAUACACUGAACAGCACGCCUGGCAACGAGCUGCCGCCAAAACCAGCGCAAAUGGGCCUUGGUGGGGGACUGUCUGGUGGUGGUCUAGGCAGUGGCCUGCACAACAGCAACGCCAACAACCCGCGGAACAGCGAUCAUCGUCCCGGCUCCGAGAUACUAGAUAGACAAAGCAACGAUGUUAAGUUAGAGAAGAGUAACAUUAUCAUGCUCGGACCUACAGGCUCUGGUAAAACGCUAAUUGCGCAAACGAUCGCCCGGUGUCUGGACGUUCCCUUUGCAAUCUGCGAUUGCACAACGCUCACCCAGGCCGGUUACGUGGGCGAGGACAUUGAGAGUGUCAUAUCUAAGUUGCUACAGGAUGCCAAUUACAAUGUGGAGCGUGCUCAGACUGGCAUCGUAUUCUUGGAUGAAGUAGAUAAAAUUGGCGCUGUGCCGGGUAUACAUCAGCUACGCGACGUUGGAGGUGAAGGUGUUCAACAGGGCAUGUUAAAGAUGCUAGAGGGGACUGUGGUCAAUGUGCCUGAGCGGAACUCGCCGCGCAAGCUGCGUGGCGAAACAGUGCAAGUAGACACAACGAAUAUCCUGUUUGUUGCCUCUGGUGCCUACACGGGUCUCGAUCGUCUCAUUGCCCGCCGGUUAAAUGAAAAGUAUUUGGGCUUCGGCAUGCCGUCGACUAGCGGCUCGGGCCGUCGAGCGGCACAAUCAGCAGCCAGCCCAAUGGAUAACGAUCAGGAGGAGCGUGAUAAAUGCCUGACUAAGGUGCAGGCCCGUGAUCUCGUUGAGUUUGGAAUGAUACCCGAGUUCGUUGGUCGCUUUCCGGUCAUUGUGCCCUUCCACAGUUUAAACGUGAAUAUGCUGGUGCGUAUUCUAACUGAGCCACGCAAUGCUCUCGUGCCUCAAUACAAAGCGCUGCUAGGGCUCGACGAGGUGGACCUAUCCUUUACGGAAGAUGCGGUUGAAUCAAUUGCCAGUCUAGCCAUGGAAAGGCAUACAGGCGCACGUGGACUGCGCUCCAUAAUGGAGCAACUUCUUUUGGAUCCCAUGUUUAUAGUGCCUGGCUCAGAUAUACGCAGUGUACACAUAACGGCUGAUUAUGUACGCGGCAAUUCUAAGCCAAUUUACAGUCGCAGUUCUGAUGACGAUUCUAACGCUACUAGCGACAGCUCAUCGUCGGAGACUACAGAUACGGAACCCAGCAACGAUAAUGAUAAGAACUUUGAAGAUAGUGAAAAAUCACGUUUAAAUGAUACUGUGGUCGGUACGUAGCACUUCCUUCAAAUCGCUGUCACACAAUUUUUGAAUGGCUGAUUGGCAAUUUUAUAUAAAUCGAAAUAUAUAUAUUUGUGUAUAUAUAAAAUCAGUAUAUAUAUACAUAUGUAUAGUUUAUAUCGGUAUCCUUCCCACUCGAUAUGCACCUGUGAUUCAUAACUGACAAGCAGCGUAAAUUUGAAAUGCAGCCUUUCAAAGAUCGUUUGUAGCAUCAAAAAUGGCAAUUGUAAAAACAAUCAUUAUAAUUUUUCACUAGAAAUGUAAAGCAAAACUAAUAAAAGAAACCCAAUUUCCUAAAGAUUCGUUAAUACGACUUAUUUGACAUCGUAGAGAAAACAACAACAAGGAUUUAUGUCUGUUGCGUUAGUUUCUCAGUUCGGCAU